ACGAGCCUGUAACGAUUUUUACAAACUGUCACGCCACGUAACGUCACAUAAACUAAGUCACGUCCUAGUCUCGCAACAUUAAGUUUCCUGUUUACAUGACGGUGAUAAGUUUCGGUUUUGAUUCCGCUGAACGAGGGCAGUGGGUAUUGUGUUCAUGUCGGUGCGGACCUGUAGGGAAUAUAGACCGACUGCAUUAAGCUUACAAUAUGGCAGAAGCCAGUGUAAUAAAGGUUAUUUGCGCCAACAGUGGAGCAAUGGAUUAUGGCGAUUUGGUCCAUAAUAUUUUAUCUGGAGAUGAAACCGCCGUUAAGAAGGGUGACGUUUUCCAUGUCGCGCAUGCGAACGGGAAUAAGCGCAUUAUUGCAAAAACAAAAGUCCGGUUGUGUAAAGCCAGAGAAUGUGACGGCUGUAACAAUUUACACCUGUGCAAAUUCUUCCUCUACGGCGUCUGCAAGAACAACAGAGGACGGCGGGUGUGCCGCUUUGGCCACAGUCUGACCACAGAGCACAACGCCAGAGUCUUGAGCGAGAACAGCCUACAGACACUGGACCAGAGCGAGCUUUGCACGCUGCUGCUUCAAAACGACGGCACCCUCUUACCGCCGGUGUGCUUCUCGUACAACAAAGGCGAUGGGGAGUACGGAAACUGCCCAGACCAGGAGAGCUGCAGGAGGCUGCACAUCUGUGACCGCUACCUCAGAGGAGCCUGUCAGGCCGGGGCCAACUGCCGCAGGUCACAUGACUUCUUCGAGCCCCACCCACAGAAAACCCUGCAGGAGAGAGGCGUGCCCAGCGAGCUGAUUGGCUCCAUGCUGUCCGUCUACCAGAACAUCCAGGCCUUGAAGAACAGUGACCCCAACAAGGCAAACCCAAGAGCCCAAACGCACGGCGCAAACGGAAGCCAAAGAACAGCGGAACAGCCCGAGAACGGUCCAGAGAAGACUGAGAUAUGCAUGUACUACAUCCGGGGCUCGUGCAAGCACAACGAAAGGUGCUGGAGGGAGCACUCGAAGUUGCCGUAUAAAUGGGAGGUGAAGGUGGACUUUGGCUGGUCUGCCCUCCAGGACAACGAGCAGCUGGAGGAAGACUUCUGUGACCCCAGCAAAGAGUGCAGCCGAGGAUUCCCGGUGCAGUUUCAGACCAUGACCCGCGGGCCGGCCCAAGUGCGGCGUCUCUCCACGGUCUCCUCUGUGGUCCAGCCCACCUUCGUCCUCACCACCACCUGGGCCUGGUACUGGCAGGACGAGCACGGCCGCUGGGUCCAGUACUCCUCAUCGGCCGGAGGGCACAGUGCCUCGUCCAUCUCCAGCGAGGUCCUGGAGGAUCAGUACCAGAAGGACAGCGCUGCCGUUGUUCAGUUCACCGCGGGGUCGCAGACCUACCAGAUCAGCUUCAGAGACAUGGUGCAGAGGAACCUGCGGUAUGGGACGGCGCGGGACGUCCGCAGGAGGCCCGUGUUCGUCUCUCCCGCGGAGGUGCGGGUCGCCAGAACACGCAGAAGAGCGCCCAGUCUCCCAACGUCGAACUUCCAGGCUCUGCCCAGCCACUGGGACAAGACCGCGGCGCCAGAAACAGAAUUGUACAAGAAAAUCUCUGUGCAGCCCAGUACAAAGGAGUACCAGGACGUUUUGGCACUUUUCAAUACAACGAUGCGGGGCUUCAGGGUACGGCAGAUUGAGAGGAUUCAAAACCGAUCCCUGUGGGAGGUCUUUCAGUGGCAAAAAGGUGUGAUGGCAAAGAAUAACGAGGGUAGAAAUGUGACGGAGAGACAGCUGUUUCACGGCACCGAGUCCAAACACAUGGACGCCAUCUGUAAGCAGAAUUUCGACUGGAGGAUCUGUGGGACCCACGGAACCGCCUACGGGAAAGGGAGUUACUUUGCUCGAGACGCGAAGUACUCGCACAACUACACCGGCGCCUCGGGAGUGAGGACCAUGUUUGUGUGCCGGGUGUUGGUCGGCUGCUACACGAGAGGAGACUCCAGCUACCUCCGCCCCCCUUCCAAAGACGGCGGGGACUCCGUGUUCUACGACAGCUGCGUAGACAACAUACACAACCCCUCCAUUUUCGUCGUUUUUGAAAAGCACCAGAUUUACCCCGAGUACCUCAUCCGGUACUGCGAGGAUGAGUGGGACUCGCCCGUCCGUGCGUCGUACGUGCCCCCAAAACCAGCGCAGGUGCACUACGCGUCUACAUCGUACGCUCGCACGUCUUCAGCGUCGUACAGCACUCAAUCCAUCAAUACAUCCAGCUCAAACACAGAGAGUUCCUGUGUCAUUAGUUAAGUCUCUUUUCACUUCGAUGGGUGCCACGUCACCGUGAAAUGAGACCCUGCUGAUGAGCCCUUUAUCGGUGUGCGCGGCUGUGAUCCAACUCUGAACUCAGUUGUUAUUCUUUCCUCUUCAGAUCGUCUUUUAAUCUAUAUUUAACCGGUUUGCGGUUUGUUUUGCAUGCACAUUACGUUACAUUGCGUUUUAUGAAUGAGGCAUUUUUAUCGGUAAAAAAUAUGUUCAUUUCGUAGGUGAUGAACAAAUGCAAAUAAUGGUCUGAUACAGAGAGAGUAUAUCGUGAAAGUAGUUGCUCUCUAAAAGCCAUAAACGUCAAGUCUAGUUCUCACAGCAAAGUUUUGAGUCAUUACAAGGAGUAUGGUCGAGAACUACAAUGGCAUGCUGCAUGCGCUGCGUGAACGUGCUAAAGAUCGCGAUCCAAUGUUAGGUGAAAGUGCUACUAGACGUCGUCAGACUAUGAAAGAGGCAGUGAGCGAAUGUUUUUUUAUUCGUUUUUUUUCUCCAAAUGAUUUGCACACUGAUUGAGGCAAAAAUAAGGUUAUAAAUAAAAUGCCUUCUGUGACACAGUGAUGAAUGUUUGAAAAAGUGAAAUAUGUGAAUAUAUGGCAGAUUACACUAAUCAUGUUCAGUUGAUGUAGAAUAUAUCAGGUGGUCAUUCAGAUACUUUGGCUCUAUCCUCUUGGCACCCUGCAUACUCAAACGAGGACAUUACAUUUUGGCCUGAUGCAAUAUUUCUCCGAACAUAUCAUUCAAUUAAAAUCUUAUAAAAUAAUUAUAUUAAAAGUCUUUUCACUACAGCACGCAUUUGUCAUCCAAGACGCUUGUUUUAUGUCAAGAAAAAUGUUAAUACUUCUCCCCCCCCCCCCCCCCCCCCCCUCCGGUUCUCAGGUUACUAUCCACACUAAACAAGCUGUGACAUUAAAUGAGCAGUAUGCAAAGCUGUGAUGUGUUUUGGGGCAUCUCUUGGUAUGUUACAAAUGUGAACGAGGGCAGUACUGCCCGCAAGUGCAGUAACUUCAAUGAAUGAUUUAAAAAAUAUUGAGUGCAAUUUUGUAAAUUUAAUUAGGUUGGUUUCUAAUUGUAUUUUGACAGCUUUAAAAAAUGUAAUUAAAAAAUGACUGUAAGUGGGCCAAAAGCUACAGGUCAUUGGCAUGGUUAAGUAUAAAAGUAUAAAGUAUAAAAAAUACCAAAUAUAUCUGGAUGCUAGCCAUUCAUACAAACAUCUGUCUUCGUAUGUAAUACAAGACAAGCAUACUGCAUACUACAUACUGUGUUAGUAUGUAUCACGUUUUCCAACGGGGUAUUGAUCUUGUCUUUCUCCUGUAAGAGUAAUUUUCUUUAUUGAUUCUUAAUUGACAAUGUGCGUUUACAUGAAGACAAUCACGUGGUUAAAAAUAACCUUUUAUUUUUAAAUCCUUAUUACUAUUAGACCACUUUUUGAAUUACGUGCUUACUCGAGUCUUUCUCUGUCCCGCGCCCAGCAGACAGACAGCCUUUGACCUUAAUGUCUCUGCUUCUCCUGGAAGGGGGUAGCUAACACAUUCCGGUCUUACAGCAAGGUCAACAAGGGGUAUUCAGAAGGCAAAAUACUGAUAAAUGUUUCAUGUCUUUUUGUUUUGGUAAAGGCCCCUCUUCCGGAAAAGUGUGUAUAAGAGUCUUACUAUGUCUGAUUAAAAUCAUAGUGCCGGUAAGCUUUCUCACUUUCUGUUAUUUCUUUGCAAAUAAAUACGAAAGUUAAACUGAA